CUGACAGACAGCAGGGAGAAUCAAAUCAGAGCAGAGCAGAGACUUUCUCUUCUCCUGCCUGAAGAGAAGAUCCGUUCAAACAUGGUUCCUCCCGUACAGGUCUCCCCGCUUAUUAAGACAGCAAGAUGGUCAGCCUUGCUAAUUGGAUUCAUUUAUGGGAAGCAGAGAUAUGAUUAUCUGAAGCCCAUUGCUGCUGAAGAAAGGAGGAUUGAGGAGGAAGAGAAGAAACUCAGGGAAGAGCAAGAAUGUCACUGUUUGGAAAAUAAGCUCCAAACUGGGACACAAGAAAGUCCCAUUGCAAAAAAUGGAUUUGCAAUGACAUAA